GCGCCUGCCUGGCUCGAGUCACGUGCCAGCCAAAGAUGGCUGCGUUCAGGGUAGGAGAGCAAAAGUUGGAGUGAGCUCCCAGCGUGGCCUGCAGAGGACCGGUGCAGGCACCGAAUGCUGUGAGGAGAGCAUAAGAUAUAUAUUAUUGAAAAAUAUUUUAAGGCUCAAGAUGGAAAAUCAUGAACCACAUGAUACUGUCAAGGAAAACUUAAUCUUCAAUAUCAUAACCAGAAAAAUUAACCAACUCCCAGAAGCAGAAAGGAAUCUGCUCGAACAUGGCUCAGCAUAUGUUGGACUUAACGCUGGUCUCUGUGGUCUAAUAGCAAAUAGUCUUUUUCGACGCGUCUUAAAUGUGACCCAGGCUCGUAUAGCUGCUGGCUUACCAAUGUCAGUGAUCCCAUUUUUGACUGCAGACUUAUCUUACAGAGGUUUUGUAAGUUUACCUUUGAUUACAGGUGAUUUGAAUUGUGAAACCUGUACCAUAACACGGGGUGGACUGGUUGGUCUUGUUCUGGGUGGUCUGUACCCUAUUAUCUUGGCUAUACCUGUGAAUGGUGGCUUAGCAGCCAGGUAUGAGUCAGCCCCGCUACCAGAGAAAGGAAACAUCUUAACUUACUGGACUAGAGUUUCUAAGCCUAUCUUUAGAAAGAUGUUAUUUCCCAUUUUGCUCCAGACUAUGUUCGCAGGAUACCUAGGAUCUCAACAAUAUAAACUAUUUAUAAAGGCCCUUCAGUUACCUGAACCUGGCCUAGAAAUUCAGUGACUGUUAAAACAAAUGUGUACACAAAAAUAAAAUUAUAAUGUUUGAAUA